AUGAACAUAGAUAUUAUAGAACCUCAUGGCAGGAUACGAAUACCCAACCAUGAAAUUGGAAACAAUAAGAUUUCAGCAAUCUAUAGACAUAAAGAGGAAGAGACACUUAAUAGUCUGCAACAGCAUCUCCAGCCAUUAUUUAUUGGUUUAAAUAAUGGCGACUUGUUAAUAUAUCAUUCCACUGAAAAGCAAUCAUUGUCUGAUACAGUACAAAUCCCACUGGCUAAUUCCAAAAUAACUCAAGAUUCAAGUGCAGUGUCUAUUCGUACUCAAUCUUCGUAUCAAGAUUUGAAGAAAUUAUUCCAUGAUCAUCACAAUAAUCAUAAUUACAAAUUGGCAAAUAUUUUUAAAAAUAUAACUAAGGAUAGUUCAAGUAUUCUAAAAAUCCAAUCCUUACCUAUAUCUGUGUCAAAAACAAUCAUUCUUGUAACCACCCCAUUUGCCCUUAGUGUAUUUGAAAUUGUGGGCACUCAUAUCAAUCAGAUUUACAAUGUUGGAGAUUGCAAGAAUGCAGUGAGCCAAUUUUUGAUGCAUGAUGAUAAGAAAUUGUUAAUUGUGGGAAAUAGAAAGAAGUUAUCUGUUUAUCAAAUAACCAACAAAUCGAGAAAUGUUUUCCAAUUUAAUGUUCUCAAUGAAACUACUUUGAAGGACAAAAUCAGGACAAUUGAUACAUAUUCCGAUAAUUCAGUGCUAGUCGGUCUUGUGAAUGAUUAUUUGGUGUUUAAUUAUUCCGAAUUUAGUAUUUCCUCACUAGCCGGUGGCGAUGAGAUUGAUGUAUUCAAUCGUAGUACUUCAUUCAGUUAUUUCGGAUUAUCUUCCUCGGGACCACUGAUGUGGACAGUGCCAAUAAGUGAUGAUGAUAUACUAUUGGUAAAAGAUACACAAAUAAUUCAAGUGAAUAAGUUAGAUUCAUCUAUUAUCUCCCCGUCACCAGUUAAAUUAUCUAGUAUACCAACAACUAUAUUAUUUCUAUACCCGAUUUAUCUACUAGUAGUUUAUUCCAAGAAAUUGGAGAUAUUGGAUAUCAAAACUGGGGAUGUCAUUCAAAAAUUUCAUCAUCAUAUUAGUUCUAAUUUCCUGUCAUUCAGUAAUGAUGAUUCUGUGAUUACUAUAGCUCAUGGAAAUGAUAUAUUUGAAUUUGCUGUAUUGCCAUUCCGGAUACAAGUCGAACAAUUUUUGAGCAUCUCUGGAAAGGGUUCAUUAGGAAAUGUAAAGGAUCCACGAAAUGAUUUGAAAUUUGUAGGAAUUGAGAAAUCAAUCCUACUUGUAUCUAAUAUCAAUCCAACAAAUUCAUUUUUUGUUGAUGAGAAAGACAAGAUUAUGAAGUUACGAGAAUUAUACACAUUAAAAGCCGUGCUAUUAUUUGAGUCAUAUUCUAAAUAUCAUGAAGCGUUGGUUGAGAUAUCGUCAGACUGGCUAGUCUCAUUCCGGGAGGUGCUACGUUUAUUUCCUGAUUAUCUUAAUGGAGAGCUCAGAAUCAAUCACCAAGACUCCGAGGCUGAGGAGCAGAAAAGUAUUAGGUCAAUAUCGCCAAAUGUUGUUAAACGUACCACUAUUGAGGAACUUGAAAUGAAUAAUUUUUCGGAAUCGGAAUAUGAUACUGAUUCCGGUUCAAGAAGAGGGGCUGUGGCUACUAGACAAUCACCUCCACAUAAUAGAAUUACACACGUUAAAUCCCAAAAUUUUAGGAAAUUUAUGAAAGCGGUCACUAAUUUGAUUAUUUAUCUCACAGAGCAAAGAAGAAUACUAUCAUCAUUUAUAAACAAAACAGUAUUACCAUGGAAAGGAAUACAAAUCACACCUACUGAUGUGUACCCAGAUGAAUUUGAAAACGAGUUGGAAAAGGUGGCAACUAUUAUAGAUACAUCUUUGUUUCUAUGCUAUUUCUAUUGUAAGCCGAUGUUGCUAGGUCCAUUGCUUAGAUUACCAAAUAACUAUUGCGAUUCAAAAGUGGUCAAUGAAUGCUUGUUAAGCAAUAUUCACAAUCAUAUUCAGCAACGAAAUUUCCGUCAGCCAAACUUUAUUAAAGAGUUGCUUGAUUUUUACUAUGGUCGUGGCUUACAUCAAGAUGCUUUGGAAAUGUUACACAAGUUAGCUCACGAGAAUGAUGUUCCAAAACAUCUGAAUAAAGAGGACAAUAAUCUAGAUGAUUACUUAAGAGGUUCCAGUUUGACGAUCCAAUAUUUGCUGAAAUUAACGGACAGUCAUUUGAAUUUGGUUAUGAAAUAUGCUGAUUGGGUAAUUGAUCAAGAUAGUCAAAGCGCACGACUCAUUUUCAUGAACGAUUCGUACGAAUGUGAAAGUUAUGACAAUGGCAAAGUAUUACUGUUUUUGUCCAAGAAGGACCCUGAUUUGGGUGUCACUUAUUUAGAGUGGUUGUUGUUUAGCAGUGACAUUGCUGACACACUUAAAAAAUCGAAAUCAUAUCUGGAAUUUGAAACAAAGUUGUGUAUCUUAUACUUGCAACAAAUGAAAUCAGGAAGUAAUCAUGCAAAUGAGUAUUAUAGUAAAUUACAGGAUAUAUUAAGAACAAGUGAAACAUUUGAACCAUGGCCCGUCCUCAAAGAAAUCCCCACUACUGAGGAUAAUUAUCUUCGAUUAACGAUAUACAUAUAUAAGAAACUUGGAGAACAUGACAAAUCCGUUGAUGUUUUGUUUAACCAAUUAAAUGAUUUGGAUGCAGCAAUGAACUAUUGUUUGGAGAUUUAUAAUCGAUCAAAUGGAGAAUCAUUAGGUUCAAGUUUAUUUUAUAAAUUGUUUGAAGAUAUGUUGGUAAACUAUGAUGAAAAUAUAGAUUUAAUCAUCAAAUUGUUAAUUCUUCAUGGUACCAAAAUACCAAUUUUAAAAAUUCUUGCGGUAUUACCAAAAUCAUUUCCAAUGCAUAAACUUAAAGAGUUUUUCUCCAUGGAACUUAAUAAAUCAAAAGAAAAAGUCAAUGAUAGUCAUUUGAUUUCACAAUUAUACAAAGUUGGAUCCACAAAUUUACAGUAUCAAGUCAUGAAACUUCAAGAUGAAGGAUAUAAAAUAAGUUCAGGUAAACAACCCUGUAGUAUUUGUAACAAAAGAUUAGGUUAUAGUGUGUUUACUAUCAGUAAGGACAACAAUGUUGUGCAUUAUGGAUGUGCUCAAAAGAGAAAUACUUAA